GAGCUCCGCGGUCAGACCUGAACAUCCACUUGUUGAGUUCACAACAGUUUACCGUCGCUCUAUUUAAAGAGGCAACACCAUGGCUCGCGGGCUGGUCAGACGGGAGUCUGUGGAAACGGAGAUGCAUAAGUCCGAGGACAGCACAAAAACCUUCGUUUACACCAAGAAGAAGGGCUACGAUGUGACCCGGAACCCCCCAUUGAACAAGGACUUGGCCUUCUCCCUGGAGGAGCGUCAGCAGCUGGGGAUCCAUGGCCUGCUGCCUCCGUGCUUCAACAGCCAGGACGUCCAGCUGCUCCGGGUGCUCAAGAACUACGAAAUGAAGAGGGACGACUUGGACAGAUAUGUAUUUCUGAUGGGGCUCCAGGACCGCAACGAGAAACUCUUCUACCGGCUGCUAACGUCAGACAUCGAUAGGUUCAUGCCCGUCAUCUACACCCCCACUGUGGGCCUGGCCUGCCAGCAAUAUGGCCUCAUAUUUAGAAGACCGAGGGGGCUCUUCAUUACUAUUCAUGACAGAGGCCACAUUUCAACAGUACUCCAGAACUGGCCAGAAAAGGACGUCAGGGCGGUGUGUGUGACGGACGGAGAGAGGAUCCUGGGGCUGGGGGACCUGGGCUGCUGUGGUAUGGGGAUCCCAGUGGGAAAGCUGGCCCUGUACACAGCCUGUGGAGGUGUGCCGCCCCAGCAGUGCCUGCCUAUCAUGCUGGAUGUGGGCACAGACAAUGAGGUGCUGCUGAAGGACCCUCUCUACAUUGGCCUGAGACAUAAGAGAGUGCGAGGCCGGGCGUAUGAUGACCUGCUGGAUGAAUUUAUGAAGGCUGUGUCAGACAGGUAUGGAAUGAACUGUUUGAUUCAAUUUGAGGACUUUGCAAAUGUUAAUGCCUUCCGUCUGCUGGGCAAGUACCGCAACAAGUACUGCACGUUCAACGAUGACAUUCAAGGUACUGCUGCUGUGGCAGUAGCUGGACUCCUGUCCGCUCUCCGCAUCACUAAGAGCAAAAUGUGUGACCAUACCAUUGUGUUCCAAGGAGCAGGGGAGGCAGCGAUGGGGAUUGCAGAGCUGAUCACCAUGGCCAUGGAGAAGGAGGGACUCGCUAAGGAAGAGUGUCUGAAAAAGAUCUGGAUGGUGGAUUCCAAGGGUCUCAUUGUCAAGGGCCGGGACAGCCUGACUCAUGAGAAGGAGAGGUUUGCUCAUGAGCACCCACAGAUGAGCAAACUCGAGGAUGUUGUUCAUGAACUGAAACCCACAGCCAUCAUUGGUGUGGCAGCUAUUGCCGGAGCCUUCACUGAGCAGAUCAUCGCAGACAUGGCUUCCUUCAAUGAGCGGCCAAUCAUCUUCGCCCUCAGCAACCCGACCAGCAAAGCUGAAUGCACUGCUGAGCAGUGUUACACCAUCACACAGGGGCGGGGCAUCUUUGCCAGUGGCAGCCCAUUUGACCCCAUCACCCUGUCUGAUGGGAGGACGUUCUACCCUGGUCAGGGAAACAACGCCUACAUCUUCCCCGGUGUGGGCCUGGGGGUCAUCGCCUGCGCCAUCCGACAUAUUACUGAGGAGAUCUUCCUCACUUCAGCAGAGGCUCUGGCUGACCUGGUGACAGAGAAGGACCUGGCAGAGGGACGGUUGUAUCCUCCUCUCAGCUCCAUCAGGGAGGUCUCUCUCAAACUAGCUGUCAAGAUCAUCGAGUAUGCCUAUAAGCACAACAUGGCAACACUUUACCCGGAGCCGUCCGACAAGAAAGCAUACGUGCACUCACUCACCUACAGCACUGAUUAUGAUGAGUUUGCUGUGGCCUCGUACAGCUGGCCGGAGGACAGUAUGACUAUGCAGUCAUGCAAACUGUAAUGCACUGGACAACAGAAUGAGGCCAGGGGGUGUAGGGUAACUACUGAAUGCAACAUAAUCACAAGACAUGAUGUUGGGAUAGGAGCAAGGCUGUGCGUAUAAUUUUCUCAAUGAUAUAUUUCUGUGAAAUUAAUGGUGGCAACACAUAGAGGUAGGCUUUAUGUCUGUGAUGUCUGCCUAUGGUAGUUUGAAAAUACAUUUUAACAAAUAGUUAAUUAAAAAAUUGCUGAAAUUAAGAAAGCUUAUAAAACGUGAAAAGAAAGCCGUUUGCCGAACUUGUGAAAUAUUGCACUUGUGGCUGUUAUCACAUUCGAUUUUAUGAUAAUAUAUCUGGGGAAAGACCUAGUUAGUUAGUUUUACUGUAAAAAGCAGUGACUUCAUGAUUGUCAGCUAUAAUCCGAAAACGUUUUGUCAAAUUAAAAUGGUUUUGAUUAAUGUUU